AAGAUGACCUGGCAGAAGUGCACCGCUCCUGGUUCCUGCACGACGGUGAACGGCGAGGUCACGAUUGAUGCCAACUGGCGUUGGGUACACAACACGGGAGGGUAUUACAACUGCUACACUGGUAACGAUUGGAACAAGACCAUUUGCUCUGACUCCAAGACUUGCGCGUCCAAGUGUGCUUUGGAUGGUGCUGACUACAAGGCUACCUAUGGUGCUGAGGCCAGCGGCAAUUCGCUCAGCCUGACAUUCGUUACUGAGGGGACAUAUGGUGAGAGACCUGAUCUGCCUGUCCCUGAAGACUACCUCUUUGCCGUGCCCAUGCUAACGAGGGCUAUCGCUAAGCCACCAACAUCGGAUCUCGUCUCUAUCUUAUGGCUAACGAAAGCAAGUACGCCAUGUUUACGCUCCUCGGAAACGAGUUCACCUUCGACGUGGAUGUCUCCAACCUUGGGUGCGGUCUUAACGGGGCCCUGUACUUCGUCUCCAUGGACGAGGACGGUGGUAUGUCCAAGUACUCCGCCAACAAGGCCGGCGCCAAGUACGGAACCGGCUACUGCGAUGCUCAGUGCCCGCGUGAUCUGAAGUUCAUCAACGGGGAGGCGAACUCGGCCCAAUGGUCGCCUUCGUCCAACGACAAGAACGCCGGUGUCGGUCAAUACGGCUCCUGCUGCACUGAGAUGGACAUCUGGGAGGCCAACUCCAUCUCCACCGCCUACACCCCUCACCCAUGCUCCACUGUCGGCCAGCACCGCUGCGAGGGAGACAAUUGCGGCGGCACCUACUCUUCGGCCCGGUACUCCGGCACCUGCGACCCUGACGGCUGCGACUUCAACUCGUACCGGCAAGGCGUCAAGGACUUCUACGGUCCCGGCAUGACCGUCGACACCAAGUCCAAAUUCACCAUUGUCACGCAGUUCAUCAAGGGCGACGACGGCAACCUUAGCGAGAUCAAGCGCUUCUAUGUCCAAAACGGCAAGACGAUCCCCAACUCGGAGUCGACCAUUCCCGGCACCUCGGGCAACUCGGUCAACCCCGACUUCUGCAAGGCCCAGAAGGUUGCCUUCGGCGACGGCGACCACUUCAACGACAUGGGCGGCUUCGCCCAGUUCAGCAAGGGCGUUGCCGCCCCAAUGGUCCUGGUCAUGUCUCUCUGGGACGACCACUACGCCAACAUGCUCUGGCUCGACUCCACCUACCCGACCGACGCCUCUCCCGAUGACCCGGGCAAGGGCCGUGGUACCUGCGACACCAGCUCGGGUGUUCCCAGCGACACUGAGACUAGCCAGGCCAACAACAAGGUCAUCUACUCCAACAUUAAGUUCGGCCCUAUCAAUUCCACCUUCUCGGCUUAAGCAACCAUGGAGAUUCCACUUGGAAUCUUCAGUAUAACCCCUGGGGGGUGGGUGCUUGGUCGGAGGGACGUGAGCUGGGGAGGAGACUUGUCAUUGGGAUGAGAAAAGGCCUCAUACAUGAACCACCCCGGCCAUGGAACCUGACGAGUUGUAUUUCCAGGGGAAACCCAAGUUAUUCAUAGUUUAUAGUUUCUUGUGACUAGUUGGGCCGACGGCGAGGGCCUUGUCUCUAGAGCAGAAAUAAUGCUGUCCUUACCUUUGACUGCAUCUUGGGUGUGUCUGGCUUGACGAUGCAGUGCUUGUGGUGGUAAGAAGGCUUGUGUGGUGGACAGCAUGUUCAUGUGGCACAUAAAUCAAGUAUUAAUAAAG